AUGCCAGCUCCGCAGCCAGGAUUUCACUGGUGCCAGGUGCCGACUGCGGUCUUCGGCGUGGCGUCUGGCCCACAGACCCAGGCAUCCCUUCCUGCUCAGAAGGGAGCUGAGGCAGCUUCUUCUUGGAAGGACUCCUCCCGGUGGCAAGAACAGUCCACCCCAUGGAAGAGCCAGCAGUCUUCAUGGGGCAAAGGUUGGGGGCAUUCUAAGAACUACGGCUCCAGCAGCUCGUGGCAGGGCUCUGGAGGGAAUCGGCGUGAGAAGUGGGACAAGCCUAAAGGCUGGAACAAGUGGCCCAAGCCUGAGCAAAAGCCGGCUAAGGAGCAGUAUGGGCGAGGGGCUGCCCCCAAGGAGGAGGAGCCGGAGACUCUCCUCGACCCAGUUAUGGCUGGGAUUUUUGGCGCCCGGCAGCAGGGGCCGCCUGAGAGGCCCGACUCUGCAUUCAACGUUGCGGAGGCGACGGAGGAGGAAGUUCAAGCGGCGGCCAACCGCAAGGCUGAGCGCGAAGAAGAAGGGUUCCACAGUCAGCUCUGGCAAGGGGCGAUCGCUAAGGCCCUCGCAGACCCCUCGCGACCCAAGUGCGCUCGAGAACUGAUGCGUGAGGGCAUCUUGCGAAGCUGGUGGAACAUGUCCUGGAAGGACGCCCGAGGCAUGACGUAUCAGCUGGUCGAGCACAACAACCUGCACCCGACAGCGCAGACGCUCGGUGCGGAUGCGGAGGAAGCGGCUCGGAGGGUCCGCGAAGGUUUGGGUGAGUUCAUGUGCUUGGUCAGGCCACGUGCAGACAGCGUGAUGGUCCAGGCCCAGACUGAGACGCACACGCCAAACCUCGAUUCCCUGGUCCGAGAGGGAGUUCUCCUGGAGCGUCAUUAUGCCUAUCGCACUUGCUCGCCCUCCAGGUCUUCCCUCCAAAGCGGCCGCCUGCCAGUCCACGUGAAUGUUCUGGAUUCCACGAGCCUCAACUGGAACCCGAGCGACAACAUUUCUGGAUUUGCGGGGAUCCCGCCUGGCAUGACUGGCAUAGCCGAGAAGAUGAAGCAGGGCGGAUAUGCCACACACAUGGUGGGUAAAUGGCACGUAGGUAUGGCUACGCCCUCCCACACGCCGCUUGGAAAGGGCUACGAUUCGUGGCUGGGCUAUCUGCAAUUUAGCAAUGACUACUGGCACCAAAACUCACCCUCUGGCGUCGACUUUUGCGUGAAAAAAUUCUUGGACUUUUCGCUGUACAAUGCCACCUACCGGGCAGGUGUGAACGAAGCCAUUGCAGCUGAGCUUGGAUGUAAUGUUCGUGCACGGCCCGGGCAGAAGAUAGAGGUCAACGCCACAGGCUGUAACCUGGCAGAUCCCAGCCACUGUCUGCCUAGCGGUUGCUAUGAAGAGUCCAUGCUCAAUGAGUAUGCUCUGAAGAUCAUCAGGGCACAUGACAAGAGCCUGCCGCUCUUUCUCUUCUAUGCAUUUCACCUCGUCCACAGCCCCAUGCAAGUUCCUUCCUCGUACUUGCAGCAAAUCGAUGACAUUGUUGCCCAGAGUGCGGUUCCCCGGCCCAUUCCGUGGACGGAGAAUCGCAGGCUCCAUGCCGCUAUGAACCUCUACAUGGACACCAUGGUGGGAAGAGUGGUCUCUGCUCUCAAGGAGCAGCAGAUGUACCAGGACACCCUCAUGAUCUUCGUCAGCGACAAUGGUGGGUCUGUGCCAGAGCCUGAGUCUGGCAACAACUGGCCCUUGAAAGGAGGAAAAUACAGUGACUGGGACGGCGGAGUGCGCACGAACGCUUUGGUGUCAGGUGGGUUUGUGCCGCCAGCCCGUCGCGGGUCCAAGUUCGACGGCAUCAUCUCCGUUGCCGAUUGGUAUGCUACCCUCUCCACACUUGCGGGCGUUUCCAUCCGAGAUGCCAAGGCAGAGAUGGUAAACAGGUACUUAGAGGAGAAUGGCCUGCCCCUGCUCCCGCCGGUGGAUGGACGGCCCCAGUGGGAGAACAUUCUCUCGGGCGCGAAAGGCCGGCGGGAUCCCCUGCAUCUGAGUGAGACGGCGCUCCUUUGGUGGCCAAUGAAGCUGGUUACGGGCAUACAAAGCUUCAGCUUCCACCCGGGCCCAGUCUACCCCAACUGCACCACCGUGUCGGGCCUGGGUUAUGGGCCAAUCCGUCCCAGGACCCAGAUAUCUGUCUUUGGCCUUUCGGUCAAGAUCACCAACGAGACGCAGCAGGAGGAGCUGACUUUUGCCAGUGAUUGCGGCGCCGGCUGCCUCUACAAUGUGGAGCAAGACCCCAGCGAAUCCCAAGACCUUUCGAGAGAAGGCAUCUACGCCGAUACCCUGGUUGCCAUGCAGGAGAAGCUGCGCGACCUGAACCGAGGCAACUUCAAUCCCAACAGAGGUGGGGAGGCUGUAGAAGCCUGCUUGCAGGCCUGUGCGUUGGGAGGUGUGUACGGCCCUUUUGUGGAUGCCGAUGGCUUUUAUCUGGGUGUGAACCUUACCAAGGCUGCAGAGGAGUCGACCACCGCUGUCCAAUUGCUGGAACUGAACCAGACGGCGGAUCAGGUUCGGCGGAAGGCCCAGCUGGAGCGGAAUGCAAGUCAAGCGCAAGCAGAGGUCUUGAGAUUCAUCACCAACGCCGCCGAGACGUAUGGCUUCAUCAUCGAGCCACCACCUACGAGUGACACCUGUUUGGCCAGCACAGCCGCCACAACUGACACAGCCGAGGAGCCUGUUGUGCCGCCGACCCGGCUGCGGCAACGCGGAUCCUCCUGGGGCCUCCGCCGACAUCGGCUGUCUGAACCAGCCAAGCUUCUGGCUGAAGAGGGGGUCAGUGAAGCCACGGUCCACUUUGUGCAGUUGGACAAGAGCAUUGGCCACGAGGAUCUCUGA